AUGUGCAUUCAAGAAGUAAAAAAUGCACGUGUGAUGGAUUACGCACACCGACCUGAUAAAGGCAACAGGUCUUCUGGCUCUGUAAGGAUGACAUGUUGUAUUUUAGGUAUUAAUUUUUAUUUUUAGGCAGUGGACGCGAACAUAUUAAAGUGUCCCAAAUGUUCGGAUCGGUUAGAGCCUUUGUUGUUGGACACAAAAGGUGAGGGUAAUGACAGAGAACAAACGAUCUGGUGGACGUGCAAGCAAGUGGCCAACAGGGUAAGCCUUUAUAAUAUUAUUUUAUGUUUAGGGCGAUGAAUUAUACAGGUUUGGAAAGAUGUUUUUGUUAUUUUUUAUGUUAAAAGGUUGUUUUAUAGUACUUAUGUAAUGUUUCAUGUUUCAGAAAUGCAAUUUCCCUUUGAAUAUGCCAACGAAUGUCUACUGGGUGACUCGAAACGGAUUUGAGAUUGAUCGAGAGUACAUUCCACUGCCAAAGAUUUAUCUACUACCUCCUAAUUUUCAAUAUUUGUAUCCUCAGACCUUCCCCAACUCUCCUAAACCUUCAAGCGGUAUGUUUUAUAUUUUUAGAUAUUAACUGGCAAAUUCUAUUUUUAUGCGUUUUGGUAGUGUUAUUUUAGUUAUUAAUCUAUAAAGACUUAAACUUGUUUCAGGUAAUAAUAAUUAUGUUUUCAGCAUCAUUCUUUUCUUCCGAUUCCGUAUGUUCAUGUUGUUCAUCUCCAACGACAGAUCAUAAGUCAAGUCAAGAAACGAAACCUGUAAAGAAGAAACCUCGGAAAAACAAUUUCAAAUCAAUGACAGAACGCAUAAGAAACAUGGAAACUGAGCCCCUCAAGCAGGUAAUAAGUUUAGACCAAAAGAUAUAUCAAGUGUUACAGAAAGCACCGGAGGAGUCGAAGGCAAAGUGUUCUUAUUACAAAAGGUAAGUUAUUUUUGUUGUUUAUAUUAAGUUAAUGACGUUUGCUUCUUUUUUAGUACGUUUGGAUUAGUCAAAAGGUUUUAUUUGCGUUUUAUUAGGAAUAACUUGAUUUUUAUGCUUGAGUGAGUUUUUAUUUUUAAUGUAUGUUUAUUAUAUGUUGGCUUAUGCAUCUAAUGUUAUUUCAUUCAGGUCAUCUCGAUAUGUGUACAACCAAGAAAGUAAAGAGAAGAAAGAUAGUCAGAAGGAAGUAGAACGGCGAGAAAGGAAGCUGAUACGAUCCCUGGCUCAUCUCCAGAAGGAGAUCCUUGAGAAAAGUGUUAACGAACGUUUGGGAAUAAAGACGGUAAGCAUUUAAAAUAUUUUGGUUGUCUUUAGUCAUUUACAAUCUAGUAGAUUCUUAAUUUCUUACAUUCUAGAGGAUAUCUUUAGGACGCAACUUUGGCUUUUAUAAUUAGAUAUAAUUUUGUUUGCUUUAUCUGCUAACAAUAAUUAGUACCUAAAAUACUAUGUUAAUAUUUUGAUUUCAGAAACGGGAUUGUGACACUCCUACCUCAACAGAAAUGUCAGUAUCAACAGCCUCUACAUCAACAUCAACUGGUCCGAAAGAAGAAGAAGCCCCUAAUAAGCUCUGCGAUCACAUCGAAUCGACAGGUUUCCCCGAACUGGAUCGUCUGAUUCAACAAAGAUAUCUGAAGACAAUGAAGAAGUUGACUAAGAGGAAGAAGCGACGACCUCGGCCAGAAGCGGUGGAGAACGUUAUAGUAGAUACGACGGUGGAUAUGUCAGUGGAAGAACGAACGGCUUGGGAGGACGAGUUGAUGGGUGGUUUCGAUGAUCUACAUCAUACACAUUGA